AUGAGGUUUUAUAAUAAAUUUAAUGUUAAUCCAACUAAAGGAUUAUUAGAUUCUAAUAAUGUACAAUCAAAAUAUUGUACAAUAUAUUCUUUUGAUGAUGAAGAAAAUAAUAUGAAAAGAAAAAAUCAGUUCUCAUCCUUUGGUAACUUAUGUUUAAAGUUAUCUAUCCUUGCAAUAAUUAUAAUAGUGAACGUCUGUUGUAGUUUUGAAUCAAAUGGAAUAUCGAACGUUAAUUUAAUAAAGAAAGAAUAUUCCAGAAUAUUAAGUGAAACCGAGGAAUCAGAAAAUUUGACAGUGGAGAGUAAAAAUGAAAAUGAUGGUGAAACAGAAGUAAGCACAUUUGAUGGUUCUGACGGUAUGGGUCAUACUUAUGAAAAUAAUAUAUGGUCUGCAUUUAAUGAAGCAUUUGGUAAAAGAGACCCCCCCCCAAAAAAACCCAAAAAACCUCAUCCUUUAAAAAAUAAAUGGGAAUCAUCCGAUUAUCAAUCAAAAUAUGAUGGUUCAAGUGUACGUAAUCUCAUUACAUCUAUAAAGUCAACAUUUGGAGGUGUAGAUGAACAUUUAUUUCAAACUUGUCCAGAUAUUUUCGAUAAUUUAUUAAAACGUUCUACAUGGGAACUUUUGGAAUUAGAUUUAUAUGAAACUGAACUCUCUAGUUAUUUAACUAUGCCAUAUGACCUUACAUUAAAUGAGAAAAUUUUAAAAUUGGACAGUUCAUACAAUAACUUGGAAUAUUUAUCCAAUUUGUGGUCAGAUAUCAUGAAACAUGAAGAACAAAAAUUUAGUUUUCUAAGAUAUGGUUUAUAUAACUACUAUUAUGGCCUUAAAAAUAGAAGUAGAGUAAGUCGUGAAUAUUCAGAAAAAAUGUGGAACGAAUGUGAAAAAACACUUAAGAGUUUACAUGAAAGUCAUGAAAGAUCAAUCUUUGAUUUAUUCCAUAAAUGGAUUAAUGGUGGUACACAUGAACUUUCAGAAUUUAAAAUUCUUGUAACUGCAGGUAGAUAUUCAUGGAGAAGUUUACUUAAAACUGGUGAACGUGAAUGUAAAAAAUUUAUGAAUAAACAUUAUAAGGGUAAAACAGUUUUAAGAAUUUAA